UCAUGCUAACAUUAGUCAAGUAAAUGCUAAGCUAACCGAGGAACUUCUUCUUCUUUGUUGUCGACCGCGUAUUUAGAGUUGUACGCGAUUCCUCCAUUGACCUGUCUGUGAAAUGAUUCGCAGCAGCACAGAGGAGGUGACAACCGGCGGUGACGCCUCAGACAGCGGACACACCUGGGCGGGGUCCCCGGUGGACAGAGCCGGAAUGAACGAAACCACCUCACACGGUCCCCGCUCCACCUCCUCCGCUUCAUCCCGUCAGAGUUUUGAUGGAGGCUGUUCGAGCUCCGGCCCCAGACCCACACUACCUCCAACCGGCCCAGGUCAGUUUCCUCAUGGCGUCACAGGGGGGAGGAUAAAUCCAUCAGUGUUUGCAACCACUUCGGACAGCUCCUCCUUCCGCAGCCAUGUAGGAACACCCAGACUGAGAAGGACCCCUGGGGCCGCAGGCACACACCCUGCACAGACACCACUUACUGAUCACACUGCAACAAGUUUCUCCUCUGCGACUACAACCUCUGCUGCCUCUGUGAUUGUAGCACUGGUCGAAGGGCGUGGUUUGGCCAGGGGAGAGAUCGGCAUGGCCAGUCUCAACUUGAAAUCUCCAGAGCUCGUACUUUGUCAGUUUGCAGACACUGGGACGUAUGCCAAGGUCAUAAAUAAGAUUCACAUCCUGGUGCCACUGGAGAUACUGAUGCCAGACACGGCGAGUGAGAAGGGAAAAGGGACCAAGCUGUUCAAACUCAUCACUGAGAACUUCCCGUGUGUGGCUUUCACUGCGAUCCAAAGGAAGUAUUUCAAUGAGAGAAAGGGACUGGAGUACAUUCAGCAGCUGUGCGCUCCAGAAUUUGGCACCGUUCUCAUGGAAGUGCAAGCUAAAUAUUAUUGCCUGGCAGCUGCAGCUGCUUUGCUGAAAUACUUAGAGUUCAUCCAGAACUCUGUCUAUGCUGCCAAGUCUCUUAAAGUGAGCUUUAAAGGGAGUGAGCAGACGACCAUGAUAGACUCAGCAUCUGCCACCAAUUUGGAGCUGGUGGUCAAUAACAGAGACCACAGGAGCGAACAUUCUCUUUUAGGAGUGCUUAACCACACAAAAACCCCUGGUGGUGCUAGAAGACUACGCUCCAACAUUCUGGAGCCUCUGGUCGAUGUGGACACCAUUAACAUACGACUGGACGCUGUACAUGAGCUAUUACAGGACGAGGAUCUCUUCUUUGGCCUGAAAAAUGCCAUCGGUCAUUUCCUUGACAUUGACCAGCUGCUCUCGGUUCUCGUCCAAAUCCCAAAGCAGGAAACGGUUCAGGUUGCUGAAGCAAAGAUCACACAUGUCAUUCAGCUGAAACACACAUUGGAUCUGGUGCCAAGGUUAAGGAUGGUGUUGAAGAACUGCAACACAGCUCUACUUAAAGCCUACAGCACCUCGCUGGAAGACACCAGGUUUGACUUGAUCCUAGAGCAGAUCAAGACAGUGAUUAAUGACGACACAACCUACCUGAAGGGGAGUCUGAACAUGCGCACGCAGAAGUGUUACGCCGUGCGACCAAAUGUCAACGAGUUCCUUGACAUUGCCCGCAGAGCCUACACUGAGAUAGUUGACGACAUUGCCGGGCUAGUGAACCAAAUGGGGGAGAAAUACGGCUUUCCAAUGCGAACCAGCUUCAGCACAGCUCGAGGAUUCUUCAUCCAGAUGAAGCUUGAAGGUGUGAUUCUGCCUGGAGGGAACCUGCCUCCAGAGUUCAUCAAGGUAUCCAAGCACAAGAACAACUACGGCUUCACCACUGCAGACCUGAUGAAGAUGAACGACCGCUGCGAGGAGGCCCUGAGGGAGAUCUUUCACAUUUCUUAUGUUGUGAUAUGUCAACUGCUGAGCACCGUCCAUGAGCACAUCCACUGCCUGUACAAGCUCUCUGAUGCUGUCUCCAUGCUGGACAUGCUGCUGUCACUGGCUAAUGCAUGCACCAUCUCAGACUAUGUGCGUCCAGAGUUCACAGACACUCUGGCAAUAAAGCAGGGUCGUCACCCCAUACUGGAGCGAAUGGCUGGACAGCAGCCGGUAUCGAACAAUAGCUACAUCUCCGAGGGCAGCAACUUUGUCAUCAUCACUGGACCCAACAUGAGUGGCAAAUCCACCUACCUCAAACAGGUGGCGCUGUGUCAGAUCAUGGCUCAAAUAGGUCAGCAGCAAACCUUUCAGCAUCACACAAAAAAAAUGUUUACUUUUAGUUUUUUGAGUCAAUCUCCUUGCGUCAUUGUUCCAGGAUCUUUUGUUCCGGCUGACUACGCCUCUUUUCGUAUUGCUGAUCAGAUUUUUACCAGAAUUGGUGUCGACGAUGAUUUUGAAACUAACUCUUCCACCUUCAUGUUGGAAAUGAAGGAAAUCUCUUACAUCAUCCACAAUGCAAGUGACAGGUCCCUGAUCAUCAUAGAUGAGUUGGGACGUGGUACCGGUGCUGAAGAGGGCAUAGGCCUCUGUCACUCAGUGUGUGAGUUCCUCCUCGGUCUCAAGGCGUUCACCCUGUUUGCCACGCACUUUCUUGAGCUGUGUCAACUGGAGUCUCUUUACCCAAACGUGGAAAACCAGCACAUGGAGGUUCAGCACACGCGCAGUGUUAACAAUGACGAUGAGAGUGUGGUGUACACGUAUCUGCUGAGUCGAGGAUGCUCGGAGGAAAGACACUAUGGUCUGAGAGCAGCUGAAAUGACUGCCCUCCCUUUAAGUUUAAUCCAAGAGGCAAAGAUAAUAGCCUCUAAUGUCAGCCAGCAGCUCUUGGCCAAACAUCAUAGUGAUCCAGAAACACAGAGGCAGAGAGCUGUGUACCACCUGGCCACUCGCCUCCUGCAGGCUGCCAGGAACUCCAGACUGGACCCAGACAGCCUACGCAUGUAUCUGAAAGGCCUGAGGAAGCAGUAUGAGGCAGAGCUGCAGGCCGCAGGGCAGCCAGAGUCCAUGGACGCAGAGGAGGAGUGACUGAGUCAGCUUUACAAAGGGGAGGGGCGGAGAAACAGCAUAUCACUGGGCAUUUAUCUAUAUUGGCUGGAUUUGAGAUUAAAAUAGAUUUACCUAUUAGAUUAUUACAAGUCUAACAAAUGCAGUAAUAGAAAAAGAAAUGUAUCUUUUAUUAUUUGCAUUAAUUAGCUCUUUUAUGUUUAUCUGUCUUUUUGUAUAGUAUAUUUUUUCAGCAACUCGUGCUGCAUCGCAUGUGGUUAGCUAACACACUGUCACUGGUGUGUAUGGAAAGAGGGGGACCAGAGAAUAUCUGCUUCUUACAUAAUAUACAAAUCAGUGACUUCUUCAAUAAGCUCCUUCCGCCAGGGAAAAAUUUAAAUUACCAGAUAUUGGUGUGUUUGUGUUUUUCAUUAAACAAGCUAGUAAAGCAAUUGUUUUCAAAGCAAUUAAUAAAUUGAAUAUUUGUUCAAGUAGUCCCUUAAUCUAUCAAUUAUUUUUCAGUUUCUUUUUUUAAAUAAUUUGUGGUUAGUGGAUUAAUCCUUUGUUAUCCUAGCAAUCAAAAACCAUAACUUCCAUAGUUAAUGUUUUUAUCGGGUUAAAUGCCUGAAAAAGUUAUGGGCCAUUAUUUCGAGAUCUUGAAUCAGCAUAUAUGUGGGUACCUGGGACUGCGCACCUGCUAUAUUAAACUGCAGUACUGAGCUGUACCUAAUAAAUUGGUAACUAAGUGUAUUCUUUGUAUGUCUGAAGUGUAGUGUCACUGUAUGAAGAGAUAAAACACAUUGUUUAGCAGAGUUUCCAGACUGCCUAAAAAUCUGUUCGAUCAGACCCUUAACACAUACUGAGUUUAAGUGGAGCCGUGUAUUGUGCGUUCUGGUUUAACAUAAAGCCGAUGGUAACGUCACUCCUAUAUCUAUGACGUCACAAGCCUCUGUUUCUACUUUGUUUUAUUGGUGGAUGGCAACCAACGUCAGGGUGAAUUACCGCCACCUACUGUUUAAAUCAUGUUUCACAAAUAUCUUCAUAGGCAUAUUAAAGGCAAUAACAGACAGAAUGUAGGCAAAUAUGGCUAUGGUCUAAUUUGGCAUCAAAGCCGGGGGUUCAUUAAGAUGUUUAGUGAUAUAGACACACAAACAUCAUUUCAGUCACAUUAACCAAUUGUGAGGAGCACUUGGUCAAAAUCUUGCAUAAUUUCAGACAUUUAACACUGUUUUUAAAGAUUUUGACUUCUUACUCAAACAGCUUCCUUGGAUCAACC